AUGGCUUCCAGAUUAGAAGAGGAUCUCUGCUGUCCCGUCUGCCAUGAUGUCUUCAGAGAUCCUGUCAUUCUGUCAUGUAGCCACAGCUUCUGUAAAGACUGUGUGAAGAGCUGGUGGAAAGACAAAGAAGUAAAAGAGUGUCCACUUUGUAAGAGAAGACAUUCAAAGGAUCAACCACCUGUUAACCUGGCGUUAAAGAACCUGUGUGAGACCUUCUUACAGGAGAGAGAUCAGAGCUCUUCACAUGCUCUCUGCAGUCUGCACUCAGAGAAACUCAGACUCUUCUGUCUGGACCAUCAGCAGCCAGUGUGUCUCGUCUGCAGAGAUUCAGAAAAACACACCGACCACAGAUUCAGACCCAUCGAUGAAUCUGCACAACAAUACAAGAAAUGGCUUCAGGAAACUCUGGAGCCCUUGAAGAAGAAGUUACAGAGUUUUGAACGUGUUAAAGUAGAGUUUGAACAAACAGCAGAACACAUUAAGGUCCAGGCCGGACUCACAGAGACGCAGAUCAAGGAGCAGUUUAAAAAGCUUCAUCAGUUUCUGGAGGAGGAAGAGGAGGCCAGGAUGGCUGCACUGAGGGAGGAAGAGGAGCAGAAGAGUCGGAUGAUGAAGGAGAAGAUUGAGUCUCUGAGCAGAGACAUAACGACUCUUUCAGACACAAUCAGAACCACAGAUGACGAGCUGAGCGCUGAAGACGUCUCGUUCCUGCUCAACUACAAGGCUGCAGUGGAACGAGUCCAGCAGCGCCCCCUGCUGGAUGAUCCACAGCUGGCCUCAGGAGCUCUGAUAGACGAGGCCAAACAUCUGGGCAACCUGAGCUUCAACAUCUGGAACAAGAUGAAGGACAUGGUCUCCUACAGUCCUGUGGUUCUGGAUCCAAACUCUGCUCAUCCAGAACUCGUCCUGUCUGAAUUUCUGACCAGUUUGAGACUAGGAGAGGAACAGAAGCUUCCUGACAAUCCAGAGAGGUUUGAUUAUUACUGCGAAGUCCUUGGAUCUGAGGGUUUUAACUCAGGGACUCACAGCUGGGACGUCCUGGUUGGAGACAGUACUGACUGGGAACUUGGUGUGUUAGCAGAGCCUGUCCAGAGGAAGGGAAGCAAACUGUCUCGAUUAUGGGGAAUAUGGUUCGAUGAAGGUAAAUACUUAGCACGGUCACCAUCAGCAUCAUCUAUUCUCUCUGUGCAGAAGAUCCAGAGGAUCAGAGUGAAACUGGACUGGAACAGAGGAGAACUGUCGUUCUCUGAUCUUGAUACUAACAAACACAUUCACACCUUGACACACACUUUCACUCAGAAGAUGUUUCCAUACUUUUACACUAUAGAUGAUCAUCCCUUGAAGCUGUUACCUGUGAAUGUCCUUGUGACGCUGGAUAUGGCUUCCAGAUUAGAAGAGGAUUUCUGCUGCUCCGUCUGCCAUGAUGUCUUCAGAGAUCCUAUCAUUCUGCUUUGUAGCCACAGCUUCUGUAGAGACUGUGUGAAGAGCUGGUGGAAAGACAAAGAAGUAAAAGAGUGUCCACUUUGUAAGAACAGACAUUCAAAGGGUCUACAACCUAACCUGGCGUUAAAGAACCUGUGUGAGACCUUCUUACAGGAGAGAGAUCAGAGCUCUUCACCUGCUUUCUGCAGUCUGCACUCAGAGAAACUCAGACUCUUCUGUCUGGACCAUCAGCAGCCAGUGUGUGUCAUCUGCAGAGAUUCAGAAAAACACAGCGACCACAGAUUCAGACCCAUCGAUGAAGCUGCACAACAACACAAGAAGCAGCUUCAGGAAACUCUGGAGCCCUUGAAGAAGAAGUUACAGUGUUUUGAACGUGUUAAAGUAAAGUUUGAACAAACAGCAGAACACAUUAAGGUCCAGGCCGGACUCACAGAGAAGCAGAUCAAGGAGCAGUUUAAAAAGCUUCAUCAGUUUCUGGAGGAGGAAGAGGAGGCCAGGAUGGCUGCACUGAGGGAGGAAGAGGAGCAGAAGAGACGGGUGAUGAAGGAGAAGAUUGAAGCUCUGAGCAGAGACAUAACGACUCUUUCAGACACAAUCAGAACCACAGAGGACGAGCUGAGAGCUGAAGACGUCUCGUUCCUGCUCAACUACAAGGCUGCAGUGGAACGAGUCCAGCAGCGCCCCCUGCUGGAUGAUCUACAGCUGGCCUCAGGAGCUCUGAUAGACGAGGCCAAACAUCUGGGCAACCUGAGCUUCAACAUCUGGGUCAAGAUGAAGGACGUGGUCUCCUACAGUCCUGUGGUUCUGGACCCAAACUCUGCUCAUCCAGAACUCGUCCUGUCUGAAGAUCUGACCAGUUUGAGACAAGGAGAGAGACAGAAGCUUCCUGACAAUCCAGAGAGGUUUGAUGAAUACGUCUCAGUCCUGGGAUCUGAGGGUUUUAACUCAGGGACGCACAGCUGGGACGUCCUGGUUGGAGACAGUACUUACUGGGCCCUGGGUGUGUCAGCAGAGCCUGUCCAGAGGAAAGGAGACAAACUGUCUGAAUCAUGGGUAAUAUUCUUUGAUGGAGAUACAUACUCAGCACGGUCAUCAUCAGGAUUAUCUGAUCUCUCUGUGCAGAAGAUCCAGAGGAUCAGAGUGAAACUGGACUGGAACAGAGGAGAACUGUCGUUCUCUGAUCUCGAUACUAACAAACACAUUCACACCUUCACACACACUUUCACUCAGAAGAUGUUUCCAUACUUUAACACUGUAGAUGAUCACCACCUAUUGAAGCUGUUACCUGUGAAAGUCUCUGUGACGCUGGAAUCUGGUCCGUCCAUCUGGUGCCGUCUGGCUGGAGAUCUGGCUCAUGUUUCUAUAAUCGGGCCUGGUGUUCACACGCCGCCUCCAUGUUGGAAGCUGGUGUUCACCUCCCACAUGAUGAGGAAGGGAGCGGAGCUGGGGAACCUCCUGCAGGUGGGAGCCGGGUCCAGGACUUUCUGUGGGAAGCGCUCUGUGGAGCCGGAGGAAGGAGGACCGGAGGACCGGACCCCGGAGGACCGGAGGACCGGAGGACCGGACCCCGGAGGACCGGACACCGGAGGACCGGACCCCGGAGGACCGGAGGACCGGGAGCUGGAUGCAGGUGAGACGUCCUCUGGUCUCAGGGACAAGAACAAAGAUCCUCAGAGACAAGAGAGGAUCACUACCCCGGCACGUCCACAGAAUAACGACUCAGACUCCCACGAGUACAGAGAUGCACCGAGGUUUAAAGUUCUGAGGCGGAUGUAA